AUGGGUCAUCUUGUGACUGUUGCGACUUGUUCGCUAAACCAGUGGGCCCUUGAUUGGGAGGGAAAUACUCAACGUAUUAUCGAGAGCAUUCAAAAAGCGAAAGAUGCUGGUGCACGGCUGCGUGUUGGACCAGAGCUGGAAAUAUGCGGUUAUGGAUGUCUCGAUCAUCUGAUGGAGCAGGACCUCUACCUGCACUCCUUAGAGAUGUUAAGGCGAAUCCUGCUUGAUGAGAGUUGUCAUGACAUACUACUAGAUAUUGGUAUGCCUAUCCAGCAUCGGAACCAGCGAUUUAACUGCCGAGUCAUAUGCCUCAAUUCCAAGAUCCUGAUGAUCAGACCGAAGAUGUGGCUCGCAAAUGACGGUAACUAUAGGGAGAUGAGAUUUUUCACACCAUGGAUGCAUCCCCGAGAGGUAGAAGAUUAUCAUCUGCCUCGUAUGCUGCAAGAGAUCCAAGGAGCCACACACGUACCCUUUGGUGAUGCCGUUAUCUCCACCCCCGAUACUUGCAUGGGCGCAGAGACGUGCGAGGAGCUCUUUACUCCUGCGGCGCCUCACAUUCCCAUGAGCCUCGAUGGUGUAGAAAUCAUCACAAAUUCUAGCGGUUCGCAUUUCGAACUGCAAAAACUUGAAACCCGACUCCAACUCAUUAUGGAAGCUACCAGAAAAUGCGGGGGUGUCUAUCUUUAUGCUAACCAACAGGGCUGUGAUGGCGACCGAUUGUACUACGAUGGCUCAGCUAUGAUCAUUGUGAAUGGAAAUGUUGUGGCUCAGGGCUCUCAAUUCAGCCUUAACGAUGUCGAGGUGGUAACAGCAACAGUGGACCUCGAGGAAGUCCGCGCCUACCGGUCGGCAAUCUCUCGAGGCAUGCAAGCUGCCAGUUCCAGCGCAAAGUAUAAGCGUAUUCAGACUGCAUUUGAGCUCAGUUCAGAGCAGGAUGAUUUCGAUAUUGAAAAGCGUCCAUCGCCGCCGAUCAAGCUUCGAUAUCAUACCGUAGAAGAAGAGGUCGCACUUUCAGCAGGAUGCUAUCUUUGGGAUUACCUGAGACGAUCGGGUGUAGCAGGGUAUCUCGUUCCUCUAAGCGGGGGUAUAGAUUCUUGCGCUACGGCAACUAUCGUCUACUCCAUGUGCCGUAUCGUGAUGGAUGCAGUAAAGGAAGGAAAUCCCCAAGUGAUCGAUGACGUCAAACGGAUUGCUAAGUAUAAGGGCGAGAAUGUUCUCCCCGAGACUCCACAGGAGCUCUGUAAUCAGAUCUUCUCGACUAUUUACAUGGGCAUGAAGGCACAGAGUUCCCACGAGACGCGACAAAGAGCAAAGGACCUGGCAGAAGCUAUCGGCAGCUACCAUGUCAACCUAGAUAUCGACGAUGUUUACAAUUCUCAGAAGGCCCUUCUCGUCAGCACCUUGAACUUUGAACCGAAGUUCAAGGUGCAUGGCGGAACCCAUCAGGAGAACAUCACGUUACAAUGUCUGCAGGCAAGAAUUCGUAUGGUUACGGCUUAUGAAUUUGGGCAAAUCUUGCCGACGGCUCGAAACCGGCCCGGCGGUGGAAGUUUACUUAUUCUCGGAAGCGCGAACGUAGGAGAAUCUCUUCGUGGCUACCUUACAAAAUAUGAUUGUUCAAGCGCGGACAUCAAUCCGAUCGGUUCUAUUGAUAAGGCCGAUCUGAAGCGAUUCAUUGCCUGGGCUGAGAAAAACUUCGAUUUGCCGUGCUUACAUGAUUUCCUUACUGCUACGCCAACUGCGGAACUCGAGCCCCUGACAGAAUCCUACGUGCAGAGCGACGAAGCGGACAUGGGAAUGACUUAUGCGGAGCUAACAAUCUUCGGACGUCUACGUAAGGAAAACAAGCUAGGACCUUUUGGCAUGUUCCAACGACUUGUCCACGAUUGGAGCGCCGACCGCGUUAAGGGACCCGACGACGACGCCCCUGAGUACACACCCGCUCAGGUGGCGGAGAAGGUCAAGCGCUUCUUCCAUUUCUACGCUAUCAACCGCCAUAAAAUGACGACUCUCACACCCGCUUUACACUGCAACCCCUAUUCCCCCGACGACAACCGAUUCGAUCUUCGACCGUUCCUGUACCCUCCCUUCUGGAAGUCGUGGUCCUUUAAGAAGAUCGAUCGGGAAUUGGAGAAGAUUGAGAAGCGGAUGGCGAAGAAAUAG